UGUGGUGUGAUGUAAAACCAAGGGACGUGUUAGCGAUAGGUGUCUUCUUUUCACCUAAUUUUAAUAUUUAUUUACAUAAUUACAGCCUCUCAUUCACCAAAAUGACAAAGCUCUUCGCCUGCCUUCUCCUCCUCUGCCACUUCUCUUCGCUCGCGUUGGCGGAGGAUUUCUACGAGAUGCUUGGGGUUUCCAGGAAUGCGGAUGAGAGGGAGAUCCGCAAAGGCUUUAAGAAGAAGGCCCUCACGUUGCACCCCGAUAAGAAUACGGAUGACCCCGAUGCCCAUGAAAAAUUUGUGCGGCUAAAUCGUGCUUAUGAAGUACUGAAGGAUGAAGACCUCAGGAAGAAGUAUGACAUGUAUGGAGAGGAAGGACUGGAUGAAAAUAGGUCGUCUGGGAAUCAGUAUCAUUCUUGGAGCUACUAUCAUGACAAUUUCGGCAUAUAUGAUGAUGACCCAGAAGUUGUUACCCUCAACAAGGCAGACUUUGAGCAAAGUGUCACUGGAUCGGAAGACAUAUGGUUUAUCAAUUUUUACCACCCAAUGUGCUCUCACUGCCACACCCUGGCUCCAGUGUGGCGUGAAGUGGCUCGGGACCUGGAGGGGGUAGUGAGAAUCGGUGCCGUGAACUGUGAUGAUGAAUACCACCUUUGUUCCUCUCAGGGUAUUCGAUCAUACCCAACACUCAUCUCCUAUCCUGGGAGAAUCUUCUAUAGGCAAGAGAAGAGUAAGGAGAACCUAAUUGACUUCAUGCUAAAACAAGUGCGAUCAUCCGUCAUCACUCUGCAGAAAUCAAACCUGGAGUCCAUUUUAGAAUAUGAAGAUUACAAGAGCAGGCCAUGGCUUGUGAUAUUUUAUGAGGACACAGAUGAAGUGGAUGACUUGUGGAUUACUCAGAAGAAACUGAGUGCUAUAUUUGAUGGAAUUGUGAACUUCGGACGUGUAGAGUGUUUUCAGCAGAAGAGCCUGUGCUCCUCCCUGGGCAUGAAGUCAGGGCUGAAGUUCUUUGAAGUUGACCAGAUCAGGAAGGGCCAAGGCACAGUAAUCCCCAGUCUGAAUGUACAAGAAAUUGCAAAGGAAGUUUUAGCCCUGCUACCUGAAAUGAAGAAGUUGGAUGAGGAGACAUUUAAGAAUAUCCGUCGCAACCUAGAAAUGCGAGAAGAAACAGUGGCCUGGUUGAUGCACUUUAGCAGUGACAGUGAUGAUGAUACAUUUGAGAUCCGCAAAUUACCCGGCUUGCUUCCAUCGUUGAAGAUGGGCCAGGUGGAUUGCUCUCUGCUAAAAAAGCUCUGUGAUGAUCUAUACAUUGCUAAAACGCCAACCUUUAUGAUUUUCAAGCCUGGUGGAGGAUAUGAGUUACAUCAUGGGCGUCUGCUGGCCCACGACAUUGCAGUGUUUGCUCGAGAGGGAGCAGCUGCCACACGAUUCCAGAUCCUGACUCCAGAGGAGUUUCCUAAGGUCCUGACAGAUGGCUCUACAUGGUUUGUGGAUUUCUAUGCUCCUUGGUGCCCUCCGUGUAUGAAGCUACUACCAGAGUUUCGUAAAGCUAGCCGGUUGGUGGAGACCCCAGUGAAGUUUGGAAGCAUUGAUUGCACUACACACCAAAGUUUGUGUACAAGGUUUAAUAUUCAUCAGUAUCCAACUACAAUUUUGUACAAUCAGAGUGUUCCUCAUGAGUACAGUGGAUACCACACUGCAGAUCAAAUUGUAGAAUUUGUUAAGGACACACUUAACCCAGCAGUUAUAUCACUAGACGAAGACAAGUUUGACAACCUGAUUGAGAACAAACCUCAAGGCGAGCUGUGGGUUGUUGACUACUUUGCCCACUGGUGUGGACACUGCAAAGAAAUGGCGCCCGAAUAUCGGCGUUUUGCACGUAUAAUGGCUGAUGUGCCUAAUGUGCAUAUUGCCACCAUUGACUGUGCCAACUUUCGAUCGGCCUGCUCUCGACAGGGUAUAACAAGCUAUCCCUCAAUUGUGCUGUACCCAUCUGGAAGUGUGGGAACAAGGAGAGCUGAGAAAUAUAAUGGUUGGUCCAGAGAUGCAGAUUCCUUUAGACAGUGGGUGUAUUCGAGGAUGUCGUCUAUGGUCACAGUCCUGAAUGACAGGUCAUAUGAGCAAAUACUUCAUAGUAGUGAACCUUGGCUUGUUGACUUCUAUGCCCCUUGGUGUGGGCACUGCCAUGUGUUUGCUCCAGAUUUUGAAGAUAUUGGAAGGGCCUUACAAGGGACAGUGAAGGCAGGGAAACUUGACUGUGAGAGGUACCGGUGGGUUUGCAGUGGUGCAGGUGUGAAUGCCUACCCUACAGUAAAGCUCUAUGUUGGGUCACCGAAUGGAGGUCGCCAAAAUGUUAAUGGAAUAAACUUUCCUAGCCUGAACAAACAUACUAUAUUGUCAAAUAUUCCAAGAUAUUUACCAAAGAAUAGUAAGAAACAUGACGAAUUGUGAUGUGGAGUUGUGCAUCGCACAAGACAGAGUUAUUGCCCAAAUGGAUCAUAUAUAUUUUUAGCUUUAAUAUUUUCUUAUUAAACACAUUUUUCAUGAAUGGAUGAGAAUGAAACAGUAAGUGAAAGUGUGUGCCAUACUUAUGACAGGAAGAGUUGAUUAAGCAUUUUUUGCAAUAUCUCCAAUCGAUCAAAUGUUUGAUGUGUAUUGUUCUCUUUUUCCUUGUGUAGAAUGCAGAGUAAAUUUUCCAAUAACUUCUGUAAUUUGAGUAGAUAUUCUGUAAUGGAAAUUUGAUUUUCAUGAAAACCAUUUCAGUUUCUUGGAGAAAAUAAUACUGGUACUAUGUCAGUUGAUUAGUUUUCAUUAUUUUUUUUUAGAUGACCUUUUCAUCAUUAUCAUAGUAAUUAGCAUUUAUUUGAAUGUAUGAGAAAUAGGUUUGUGGAUGACAGACAUCAUUAAUAUAUUUUCAAGUGCAUGUUCAUUCCAUAUGCUUCAGAGUUAAUGUUUUGUGAUGGGUCAUUUCUUAAACAAGUUCCUUAUAUGAGAAACAAUACAAGAAAAAGUUUAUCACAAUACCAACAGGGCAUGGUUGUAAGAGAUAAUGUAUUAAAUCAAAGCCAAACUUUCAUAAAACCUCUCUUAUGUAACAGUAAUUAAUCCAAACUGUACUUAGGGCCUGUAAUGUAUUCUGAUGUACUUAGGUUAUGUUAAAAUGAUUUCAGCUGAAGUCAGCAUUAAAAAAUCUAAUAUGUUACUCUAUUGAGGUUUGCUGUUGUAUGAAGCCCUCCCAUCAACAGAAUGAUUGUGUUAGGUUCUUAAGUAAAAACCUUUUCUAACAACAACAAAGAAGAAAUGAAGAAAUUAAGUUAAAGUAAAUAUAUUUUUUUGUAAUAGGAAUCUCAGUUUAUCUACCAAUAAGAGAAAGGAAAAACAAAUGAUAACAGGAAUAACUUACAGUUCAUUGGGAUAGAAGUUCGGUGACAGUAUAGAGGUCUACCACCUUUUGCGAACUGACUGUUUUUUGGGUUGUUUUAUUUUCUUAGCUAUGGUUUAUCUCAAGCCAUCACUGAUUGGUGACAGUUUCAAAGAAAUAGAUAGACUGGUAUAAGGAUGUUAUAACAAUAGCUUCAUGCAAUUUAGAUAUGUUUUACAGCUUACUGAUGGGAAUAUGCUUCACUAGUAACACAUUUCUUAUGAACUGAGUUUAUUCAGAUUAAAUGUUGAUAUUGUUAUUUACUUUGAAGAGGGAAAACAUGUAAAACAUCUAGUCUACAGCGCAUUUACAGCUUUCUAGUCUUUUUUUUCUGCAAGCGCCUUCUUCAUCACACAAAUGAAAUACAGGAUUUAGAAACAGUGUCACUUUGUUCAGUCUUUUGUGUGGAGUUUGAUUACAAGAGAAAAUGGUUAGUUAGGGGUAGUUUGUAUCUUGGUUGUAUGCAGUUUGAUUUAUUUCGUUUUCUUUUUUUUCUGUCCUUAAAAUAUUGGCAAAUGUUUGUACAAUAUGAGUGGAUUAUCUCUUCCCCAUACUAUGAAUUUCCAAUUCCCCUACAGAAGCCUACAAAACGUAGCUGGUUAUAAACUCAUUUCCAAGUGAAUACCGGUUGUUCAGCUAAAAAGCAAUUGGGACACACAUUAUAUCUUGUUUAUGUUUUAAGGCUAAAAGGUGCUAUUAAAUUAUGAUGGUUUCAAUGAGUUUUCAGCUGUUUUAUUUCUUAUAGAUUUAUUUUUAUUUCUGAUUAGCAUUUAAAGCAGUUUUCAACUAUUUCAUUUUUUAUAUUAUUAUUAUUAUUUAUUUCUUUUUCCAGUAAUGAAAUAGUUUAUAUUGUUUGUUUAAUUAUGUUAGUAAGCAAGUAUUUGGAACUCUUACUGUAUUUUAUUGAAACAUAUUUUGAGGCAGAUUGAAAAAUAUUAAAGGUUUGUAUGCACAUAGAUUAAUUUUAUUUAAAUACUUGAAGCAAGUGAUUAUGUCUGUAAUUAUCAUGUCUGGUAUUUGAUAUCACAUUCUUUGAAUCUCCUAUUUAUUAAUUUUAUUCAAAUACUUAAAGAUUAUGAUGAUGACCAACUUUUGUAAUUAUUUUGAUAUUAUGUAUACGUCUUAUUUAUUGUUUGAUAUUUUUUUGGUAUACAGAAAGUACAUCUUCAAGUUAGCUAAGUGUAUGACAAGGUUAGUAUUACUGAAUGUGACUUCAAUGUUUAAAGAAAAAGUGUAAAAGUUCAACUCUGGAAAUCAUAUCACUUCCAAUCUUCUCAUUUCAUUUUUCUACUUACUCAUUUUACCCGCAGAUUACAAACAAAUACCCUGUGAUAUAAAUACUUAACAUGGAAUGUGUAAGUGAUUGUUCAUGGUCUUAAUUUAACAUUCUAUGCAUUUGAUAUAAUGCAACUAAUGUGGUAGAAGUCUAGCAAUUUUUUUUUGUUUUGUUUUUGUUAUGCUAAUGUAAUUGGAUUUAUAUUUUUGUUCUUUGUUAAUCUGUUUCUCAGUGUGUAAACCCUGAACAAUCAAGAUUUCAGAAAUCUGUUUUUAUGUUUAUAUUUUAUUUAACACUUACAUUUAUAAUCAAACUGGCUGCUAUGCUUAAAUCUACAUAUGUCCUUACAAUUACAUUUAUCCUUAUCCUUAAACUUUAUACUUAAACUUGUGCUCACCCACACACCAACCAACCAACCAACCAACCAACCAACCAACCAACCAACCAACCUACCUACCUACCUACCUACCUACCUACCUACCUACCUACCUACCUACCUACCUACCUCCCUCCC